AGGCUUUUCAUAAAACAAUAAAUGUGGGUUGAAUGAUUCUUUCGCUCGCCGGCAACUUUUUUUCUUUCCAUUUAUCGCAGCCGAUAUGCAAGAAAAUUCCAAAGUAAACACGCUCCAUCGCACAUUCCCCUUUUUCCUCUCCAAAUUGAUGUCGUUCGCUGGAUAACGUCACUCUGGAAAUGGCUUCCUCUUCUGUUACCGCUGCUGCAAAUGCUGCAAAGAAAAAUGAAAUUUACGGAACAACGAGAAAUUUGACAGAAGUUUUUAUGCUUUUACGUUCAAAUGCUCAUCAAAGUCGAUUAAUUUAUAAAGAUGAUACAGAUAUAAUUGUGAGGAGUCGUGGUGAUGAAGAACGAAUGGCCUUAGUGGAACUUGAAGAUGGGCGACAAGAAUCCGAUGAAGAGCCAGUUUGGAUUCAUACUGCUGAUCAAGUAGAAUUCGAAGUUGAAAGAGUUCAGAGAAGACUAGAUGAACUUGGAGAGGCACAGAGAAAACACAUUUCGCGACCUAAUUUUGGAGAUGAAGCAUUCGAAAAAGAAGAGAAGCAAAUGGAACAGACGACGGAGCAAAUCACUCAAAUGCUCACACAUUGUCAAAGGCUAAUCAGAAUGAUAUCUGGAAGUCAUAACAAAGAAAAACCUAUGCAGCGAAAGUUAAGAGAAAAUGCUGCUGCAACCCUGAGCCUAACACUUAGCCAAAUUACCGAUGAAUUUAGAGGAAGACAACUGAAAUAUUUGAGUGAUAUCCAGAAUCGUUCCCGUAACGUGGACAAUUACCUUAUCACAACAGAUCCACUGAUUGAUGCUCCCAAUUGGGCUGAGCUAGAUGUGUCACCAUCUACAGAAAUAUCAAUGGCCCAGCUUCAACAAUUUAUGAAUAACGAUCGAGAAGUUCGAGAGCGCGAAAAGGAAGUGAUGGCUGUGAACACAUCAAUUAGAGAAUUAAAUACACUCUUCCAGGAUUUAUCAGAAAUGAUUGUAGAUCAAGGAAGCGUCAUUGAUAGAAUAGACUAUAAUGUUGAACAGACCUCGAUUCGUGUGUCGAAAGCAGUUGAAGAUGUCUUCAAAGCGGAACGAUAUCAAAAAGGAAACAAAAAAAUGCAUUGUAUUUGUAUGCUCACUGUUGCCAUUAUUUUUGUACUGAUUCUUAUUAUUGUUACUAAAUUGUAAUUCUUUUACUUCAGUAGUUUUAUUUAUAUUUUUUGAAUAAACCGGGUAUUUUAUUG